AUUUGGAAAACAAGAUCUCAUCUAGAAGAAAUGCAUUCAUGGAGCCAUUUAUGAGAAAAAGCUUCUCAGAAAGAGAGACUAGUCCUGGAAUUGAAGGCCUCAACCUAUCGAGUUUUGAUCACAGUAUGGCACAAGACACUGAGAUUCGAGAAUUCAGGAUUUUUGUUGCCACAUGGAAUGUGGGAGGAAAAACACCAAACAAUGCACUUAAUCUUGAAGACUUCUUGCUGGUAGAAGGCUCCGCAGACUUAUAUGUCUGUGGUUUUCAGGAAAUUGUGCCACUAAGUGCUGGAAAUAUACUGGUGGUCGAAGAUAACGAGCCAGCAGCAAAAUGGCUGGCACUUAUAAGUCAAGCCCUUAAUAAGCCACAUGAGACGCUCUACUCCACAUUGGAUUCAGGCCCUGCAAAUUAUAGUAGCUUCUUGAAGGAACCAAAGCCAGCAGGCAGCCUUCACUUUUUUCAGAAACCUUCUCUGAAAAUUCUGAGUCGGACUUUUAGGGCUGACAGUAGAAUUCUCAAAACCUGCAAUUGCCCUGUUGGGAAUUCUCCAGUGCUGGAGAGGAGAAGGACAAGAAAGCUGAGUAAUUCACAAAGUAAGCUGGAAGACAGGUCCUUCCUCCUGGGUCCAGACACUACUGUUGAUGACUUGCUUUCAUUUCCUGAUGUACCUCCUCCACCCUGGGAUCCCAGCCAGAUGAGCUAUCGCCUGCUGGCGAGCAAGCAGAUGGUUGGAAUCUUCCUCUCCAUUUGGGCUAGAAAGGACUUAGUCCCACAUAUUGCUCAUCUCAGAAUCUCUUCUGUCGGAAGAGGGAUAAUGGGUCGCCUUGGCAACAAGGGAUGCAUCUCAAUAAGCAUGUCAUUGCACCAAACAAGCUUUUGCUUUGUGUGCAGCCAUUUGGCUUCUGGUGAGAAGGAAGGUGAUGAGCUCAAAAGGAAUGCAGAUGUGUUGGAGAUCCUCAAGAGCACACAGUUCUCCAAAAUUUGCAAGAACCCGGAUAGCCGAGGACCAGAAAGAAUAAUUGAUCAUGACCGGAUAAUUUGGCUCGGAGAUCUCAAUUAUCGGGUCAGUUUGAGCUACGAGAACACUUUGUUUCUUUUGGAGGACAAUGAUUGGGACACCCUGCUGGAAAAGGAUCAGUUGAAUAUAGAGAGGGAGGCAGGGAGAGUGUUUACUGGAUUCAAGGAGGGAAGAAUCCUGUUUGCUCCUACGUACAAGUAUUCAGAGAACUCAGACUCUUAUGCCGGAGAAACGGUCAAGUCCAAAAGGAAACGCCGAACUCCAGCGUGGUGUGAUAGGAUUUUGUGGAGAGGCAAUGGCAUAGAACAGCUAUCAUACAUUCGCGGUGAAUCGAGAUUUUCAGACCACAGACCCGUGUGUGCUGUGUUUGCGGCGGAGGUAGAGGUGAGGAGCAGAAGUAAAAACAGAUACAGAAAUGGCUAUUCAUAUACGGUUGCAAGACUAGAAUAUGAUGAAUGCAUACCACAAAGGCAUAGUUUCUACGACUUUUAA